CUCUGAGGGACACUGACCUGUUUGUUUGACUCUGUUACUUUUUAUGCUUUAACGCUGAGCAGUGUCACCUGAAAAUCUGCUGCCUUUGGAAGGAUUUAAUAUCGUACAAGAUGAGAAUAAAGUGGGUGGUGUUUGUAGGAGCUGUCUGGAUCUUGUCCAUCUCCACAGCUCACGCAGGUACUGAAGUCUGCAACAUGAAGCCCAAAGAUCUGCCCCUGGAGCCGGUGUGUAUACACCGCAACCCAAAUGUCUUAGACAAUGAAGAAGAAUCAGCCAAGCCCCAGGAGACGAUGCCUGAAUCCACCAACCCUCGAGUGUGGGAGCUGUCCAAAGCCAACGGGCGCUUCGCACUUUCUCUUUUCAAGCAGGUCUCCAAAGGCAAGUCUGAGGAGACGAACAUCUUUAUGUCCCCACUCAGCAUCUCAACAGCGUUCGCCAUGACGAAACUGGGGGCUUGCAACAGCACGCUGGAGCAGAUCAUGCGUGUGUUUGAGUUCGACUCAAUAAAGGAGAAGACAUCAGAUCAGGUUCACUUUUUUUUUGCCAAGCUGAACUGCCGCCUCUAUCGCAAAACACACAACUCUGUGGAACUGGUCUCAGCCAAUCGUCUGUUUGGAGAGGAGACGUUCGAGUUCAAUGAGAACUAUCAGAACAUCAGUGAAAUGGUCUACGGUGCUAAGCUGCUUCCGCUCAACUUUAAGGAAAAACCUGAACUUUCGAGACAGAAGAUCAAUGAGUGGAUUUCUGAGAAGACAAACCAUAGAAUAAACAACACUUUGCCCAAGGGCUCAGUCAACGCAAAUACUAUUCUGGCGCUGGUCAAUACCAUCUACUUUAAGGGCCAAUGGAAACAUAAGUUCAACAGACAAAAUAGCAUGGAGGACAAAUUCCAUGUCAGCGAAACACACAGCUGCUCAGUGCAGAUGAUGUACCAGGAAAACACAUAUCGAUAUGGAUAUUUCCAAAACGACAAGGUACAGGUGCUGGAGAUGUUCUACAAUGGAAAUGGCAUUUCAAUGUUGAUUGUAUUACCGGACAAGAAUGUAAAGCUGGCUAAGGUGGAGGAACAUUUAAGCCUUAAUAAACUCGAUGGUUGGUUAAGCAACAUGGAAGAAAAACCUGUGGGGGUUCGAUUUCCACGUUUCCGCAUGGAGGAAGAUUUCAGCCUCAAAGAGAUGCUUCAGGCUAUGGGCCUUCAGGAUAUCUUCAGUGUGGAGCAUGCUAGCCUGCCAGGCAUGGUAUCAAACAACCAAAAUGUACUUUAUGUCACUGAUGCCUUCCACAAAGCAUUCCUCGAAGUUAAUGAAGAGGGCAGCGAGGCUGCCGCAGCUACUGCUAUCCUGUUUGGUGGUCGCUCACUCAACCCAAACCGAGAGGUGUUCAUAGCUGAUCGGCCUUUCCUCCUCUUCAUUCGAGAAACCACCAUUAACACACUGAUUUUUGCAGGCCGUGUGGCAAAUCCCUGCUCAGACAAAUAAGAAGAUACAAAUUCACUCAUUUCCUCAUGAGUGAGUAGAAUAGAGAGGAAGGUUGUAAGAGCUGAUGAUAAUGUUCUUAUUCUCAUCCAUCAGGUGGUAUGGUGUUCAUUUUCAUUAUUCAUUACAAAUAAAACAAAAUUAUUACAAAUG